GCCACCACCAGUUGGUCGACCAUGUCUGCGCAGGCACUGCCCGAGGAGCUCCUCGAGCUUAUAUUCGACCAUAUUGACGAGAAAUUACAGCUUUCACGUUGCUCUCUCGUCUGCCGCGCCUGGUUGUUCCCGAGCUCCCGACUGCUCUUCCGCGAGCUGAACCUGCAAACCCAGCACGAGUCACCGAAUAAAACAUGCCGCAACUGGGGCAACUACUUCUUGAGAGCGGUGAAAGCCUCUGCGCGCAUGCAAAACUGUGUCAGGAAGCUGUCCCUUUCCCUCCCCUUACCAGAGUUUUGGCACAAAUGGCGAGUAUGGCCUACGUCGGUCCUGCUUGAAACGCUUCGAUUAUUCCCCAACCUGAAGUCUAUUACUCUGACACGCCUCAACUUCAAGCAUGACACAAUUUCUUCUUCUUUGGCUCCGCGUUGUCCAGAAUAUGGGCUCUCCCUCGACACGGUUGAGCUGCACGAUGUACCCAGCUUGAGCAUCUGUCAUAGCCAAGUUGAAGAGAGCGGAGCGUCCGAAAGCACGGGGCUCGCCAAGUUCCUUGGCCUGUUUACGAGCAUCAGAGUCCUCUCGAUCGAGGAUUAUGUGCUUCCAUACAGAUACCCUACUAUUCGGCGUGCUGUUGCGCCGAUCCCACUUCCACGCCAGACACCACUCAAACUCGAGGAACUGCACUUGAAGGGAGAAUCAAGUGCAAAGAUGCUAGGGGCGCUGAAAGAGAUGGUGGACCCACGUCACCUGCGCGUGCUCUUCGUCGAGCUGAAUGCGCCGGUGCUAUCGCUCGCAAACGAGUUCGUCGGGUGCAUGACGGCGCUGCAAACCGUCCGUUUUUUGGUACGAGAGGAUCUUAAUGAAACCCGACCGGCUACCGUGGUGAACCUGUCCGCGUGCGCCGAACUGAAGUCGAUAAGCAUUCCGUAUCUACGCAACUCUGGUAAUCAAGUAGAGGCGAUCAAUGCGUACAUAGGGUGCACGGUCGUACCUAUACUCUCGACGGCGCCUCCCUCAGUUCGGUACAUUCACCUCUCCCUCGAGAUGGACCCCCUAUAUGCCGGCUCAGCCGUGUUGCGACGAGUCGAUUGGACAUCAUUCAGCAGGAGUCUCGAACGAUUCCCCGAGCUGGAGGUCGUUGAGCUGAGUUCAAGCGGCAAUCAUGGUUGGACGAGCGGGAUGAUGGAGGUAGUAAAGGGAGAACUAUCACCUGCGACACGCCGGGCAUUACAGUUCACGUAGGGGACUCGCUCUUCAUUACAGACGUUAAUAUGAA